AUGGCGGAGCGGCCGCGGUACCACGUGACGCCGCGGCGGCCGCUCCGCGCGCGGGCGGAAGCGGCGGGCGCGGGUCCCGCCCCGCGGGAAGUGAGGCCCGCGGAGCCGCCCCCGCCGCCGCGGGAAGGCGGCAGCUGCAGGCCCGGGCAGGCGACGGGCGGACGGGGAAGGGGCCGAGGCAGGGGACGGGGCCGGGGCAGGCGGCGCGGCGCGGCAGCGGGCGAAAUGGUGGGCAGCGGCGAUGACGAGGCGCCUCCGCCGGACGGCCCCGGGCUGAAGCGGCGGCGGAAGAGCCCCCGGCUGGCGGCGGCGCGGCCGGAGGAGCCCGGGGACGAGGUGGACGGCGCGGCCCAGCGCGGCGCGCUGCAGGCGGACGAGCAUCACUUUGGGACCCCAGACUCCCUGACGCGGCCCCCUAUAAAAGCGUACAGAUCGCCAGGUGGUACUACAGUUUACUUUGAAGAGAAUCCAGUAAAGGAAAAUGCAAAGGCUUGUGACAGUAACGAAACUGAGAAACCAAACAUUUAUACACCAUUAAAAGAAAUAAAGGCUGACUUCCUUGAGAAAAAUCAAGAGUGCUACUCGACUUCUGCACCACAGAGCGGAAGUAAAUCUCGGUAUCAGUCCAGUACAGCGAAGCAGUCGCAGCCCUUGGCCAAAAAUGAGGGUAAAUCGCAGGAUGGAUUUCACAAGAUGUGGACUUUGUUACUGGUUCUGUUAAUUAGUGUCCCAUUGCUUUAUGUCCUGUGGAGUGGAAUCCAAGAUGGAACCUCCCCAAGGAGAGAUGCUGAAAUCCUGCAAGAGUUUCGGGCCCGGAUGAAGAAACUUAAAAACACUUACCAAAGUCAGGACCCCAACCUGUGGAGAAGAGCCCACGCCUCCCUGGAGAAACGUCUCAACUCCUCCCACGUGCACCUGGAGCCGGCUAUCCUGCUGCUCACAGCUGGCCAGGAAGCUGAGAAGGCCCUGAGGUGUCUGAGCAACGAGAUUGCCGAUGCUUUUGCCUCGUCCCAGAAUGCCACUACCAUCAGCAUCAACGGGGCAGACAAGGCUGUGCGGGACAGUGAUGCCGUCAAGCUGGAGGUGGACACAGAGCUCAGCUCUGGCUUCAGUGGAGGCAAGAAGGUGGCAGUGGUGCAUCGAUUUGAGUCGCUGCCUGCAGGCUCCACCUUAAUCUUUUACAAGUACUGUGACCACGAGAACGCAGCGUUUAAGGACGUGGCCCUCCUGCUGACGGUUCUCCUGGACGAGCAGUCGUUGAGAAAGAGCCUCACCUUUCAAGAAGUGGAGGAGAAAGUCCGGGAUUUCCUCUGGGCAAAGUUCACCAGUUCAGAUGUUCCUAGUUCUUACAAUGGCAUGGACACAGAUAAGCUGAGUGGACUGUGGAGCCGGAUAUCUCAUCUUGUGUUGCCUGUUUGGCCUGAAAAGGGCCUCCCUCUGGAGGGAUGCACAUAAAAGUUGCUGGAGAGCACUUGGGGAAGGAGGAAGACACAAAAUGUGCGGUGCAAGGCAGAACAGGGAAGAACGUAGUGUGGCUGCUGAGCUCAGGCAGCAGCAAACCGGUCCUUUCUGUGCAGAGACUUUCCACCAACUGGCAGGGUUCUGCCAAAGUAACUGGGACUUCUCUGAGUCAACUACAGAGUGUAAGCAAGGAACUUGGUGGUUGCUGGUGAAUUGUAUUCAGUGAUGCAUUCAGCCUUGGUGUCCUGGAGCUGGACUUUGCUGUGCAUCAGUGCAGAGUCACUCAUCUGCCUCUGAACCUGUGUUGAAGCACUGUUGGCGUUGCUGUGAGGAUCCUUCUCAGGUGGUGCAUAAUGCUGGUAUCACAUUUGACAAGGUAACAAUGUAAAACCAUCACCUUCAUCUCCCAGGAUCGCUUACUUUUCUUCUAACAUAAGAAAUUAACUGAAAAUUAUGAUAAAGUGAUGUGAGUCUAAGCACAAUCUUCUUCCUGAUCCGUUGGAUCGCAGCAUAGAUGUCAGCUAUCUCUGGUCACUUGGAGAGGUGGCAAAAUUGCUUGAAAGAUCUGUGACCCAGAGAGAACCUUUCAGCAAGCAUUUCUUCCUUCAAUGAGCCUGCCCCAAACAGUUCUGGAGAAAGAGAAAAGCUGAGGUACAAAGGUUGCCUGAAGUCAGUAGUACUCAUGUCAGUUAAUUCCUCAGUACCUCUUUGCCUGGCUGCUUGCAGGAGUUUUCUACUCUUCUCCAAAGUUUUGUGAGUUGUAAAAUUUGGAUGGAAAUGAUAAAAUGUCAUCCCCGUGUACAUACGAUCUCCUUUCCAAACAAAACUUUAGGAAGACAUAGGUUAUUUCUCAUUUUACUAAGAUAAUUAUUUUUGCAUUCAGAGAAUCUAUUUAUUUGUGGUACUUGAUAUCCUAAAAAAAAAAAAAAAAAACUUUUCUUCUUGUAUCUGUGUAUAGCUGGCUGCUUGCUGUAUAAAUUUCUAGCAAAGAACAGAUUUGCAGAGCAUGCUUUUAAAAUGUUUUUUAGUCUCUCAUGUCAAGAAUUCCUCACACCAGAUUAAAAACAAGUACCUGUUUCUACUGUUAAGUACUUCAUGUAAAAAAAAAAAUAAAAUAAAGAGAAUAGCAGCACAAAAAAUAAAAUAAAGAGAAUAGCAGCACUUCCAUUUCAUUGCUGUUGAUUCAUGCUCUGAGCUAUUGGUCCAUGUCCAUUUGGUUUUAUUGAGUAUGAAGGAACGUGUGAAGAUGCUCUCAAAUUAGUAGGAUGUUUUCUUGUAACAGCUGAGAGGUUUGGCCCAUCCUUCAUUCACUAGUCCUUUGAACUGUCCUGUUGCAAAAAAAAAAAAAAAAAAAAAUUCUUUUCAACCAGGAAAACGUGUUGAGAAGCUGGAGCUUCGGCCUUCUUUGUGCAUGGCAAGGUUGGGGGCCCUUAAGUGGAGCUGACCAAAACCUCCUGAAGUAUAAAAAAAGCAGAGUUUGGGAGACACAGAGCUAUGGUCACUUAAGCCAGAGGUGGAUUUUUUCCAACUAUUGAGAGCCAGCAAUGGAUAAUGCUUCCUAUGUUAAUGGGCAGAAAUAAAAACAGUAACAAGACAUGGAAGUGCUGUUGUUCUGGAUGUUUAAUAGCUCAGGAAGGAAAAGAUGGCAUUUACAUUUUGAACAUUUCACUGGACAAAUGUUUUUUAUUGAAAAAACAACUGUGACUUAUUUUCAAAUGUGUCCUCAUAGCAUAUUUGUUUGUAUAUUAUGUAAACUAUUUUAGUAAUGAUUCAAAAUAAACACACUUGUUUGUUUUAUAAAGCUGUUCUAAGACUUGCCCAUUGAA